GCUACUCGCGCAAGCUGCCGGGCUACCCUCGGUACCGUCUGCUGGGUGACCCGGCCGCGGGCGUGCAUGACCUGGAGAUCACCAACGUGACCCUGGAGGACGACGGCCGGUUCCAGUGUCAGGUGUCACCGAGUGGCGGCCAGCCAGCCAUCCGCGCCGACGCCUACCUCAGCAUCAUUCACGGUUCGGCCGUGGUGCUGGCGGCCGUCGGGGACGCGCGCCGUCUGGACACCCGCUCGUCGCUGACAGUGGACGCCGGCCGGGCCGACGACGGGGCCGGCUACUCGUGCGUGGCCCGUCACCCGGCGCUGCGGCCCGCCGACGGCCACCGCGAGCGCUUCAACGCCAGCAUCACCUUCUCCGUGCUGUAUCCCCCAGGACCCCCGUCCAUCAGUGGGUACAGCGCCGGCGAGAUUCUGCGCACGGGCGAGCAGCGCACGCUGACCUGCUCCUCGGAGGGCGGCAACCCGCCGGCGCGCCUGGUGUGGACGCGCAACGGGCGCGCCGUGGGCCAGGUGUACCGGGCCGGCCGGCGCGCCGCCACCGCCGCGCACACGUUCAUCGCCGACCCGACUGACCUGGGCGCCGUCUACCGGUGCACGGCCUCCUCCAAAGUGUACCCGGAGCCCAUGGCCGCCCAGGUGGAAAUCGACGUCUAUUUCGCGCCCAAGAGGGUGUCGGUCACGGCGCCGGCGUCUGCUCAGUCCGGUGACGUCAUCCACGUCAGCUGCGUCACGUCCGAGAGCAACCCACCGGCCAACCUGACGUGGAUUGUCAGCGACGGCGUUCUGGAAAACGCGACAUGGGCGGCGCAUCCGGCCCCGGACGGCGGCUGGAUCUCCAGCUCGAACGUCACAGCGCUGGUGCCAGCCGACGCCGACCAGCAAUUCCCGUUGCGCUGUUUCGCCCAGAACCCGGCGGUGCCGCAGCCGCGCGACGGCACGGCGCUCGUCACCGUUCUGCAGGCGCCGCAGCCGCCGACGAUCCUGGGUUACGCGCCGGACGAGGUGCUGCAGGCCGGCGAGCGGGUCACUCUGAGCUGUCUGGUGCGCGGCGGUAACCCGCGGCCGCGGCUCUCCUGGCUGAGCGGCGCGCGCCCGCUCGAGUCGCGUCAGCAGCAGGCCGGCCGCGACACGCUCAGCCUGCUGACGCUGACUGUCAGCGCUGAGGACAACGGGCGCCGGCUGACCUGCCGCAGCCGCAGCGACGCCGCCGACCGGCCCAGCGACGCCAGCGCCACGCUGCGGGUCUCCUUUCCUCCCAGCCGACUGGACAUCAGUGUCAGUCCGUCGCCGCUGCGUGCCGGCCAGCCGGGGGAGCUGACCUGCGAGUCGCGUCCGUCUCUGCCGGCGGCUCGGCUCAGCUGGUGGUCCGGGGGUCGGCCCGUCACCGAGCACGUCGUCAGAGAGGACACGGUGCCGACCGGACAGCACGGAGGUUUCGUGAGCCGCAGCGUCCUGAAGAAGUCUCUGAGCUGGACGGACGACGGCGCGGAGCUGGUCUGCAAGGCCGAGAUGCCGGCUCUGACCGGCACACUGCAGACCGUCCGCAAACUGCACGUACAGCACGCCCCUGUGUUCGAGCGGCCGCAGCUGAACGCCACAGCCGUCCGUGGUCAGCCGCUGUCUCUGAAUCUCACGGCGCGGGCCAACCCGCCCGUGAGGGACUACGUGUGGUCGCGGGCUGACGGGGCGGGCGCGUCAGCUGACGGGCGACUACUGACGUCAGCUGACGGGCGACUACUGACGUCAGCUGACGGAGUGCUGAACCUGACGUCAGUCAGACGCGAGGACGCCGGCUGGUACCUGCUGAGAGCCACCAGCGCGCUGGGCUCGGCCUCGGCCCGAGUUCACGUCGACGUGCUGUAUCCCCCGAAAGUUUUCAAGACACCGUCGAUCAUCACUGCAGCUCGGCACGGCCGUCUGGACGUGCCGUGUCGGGCCGAGGCCAACCCGCUGAGCGGCAGCAUGUUCAGCUGGUCCCGGCCCGGUCAGCGGCAGCCGCUCAACCUCACCUCCAGCUACCUCAACGGCACCUCCUUCCUGAGGAUACCGGCCCUCACCGAGGACAGCGCCGGCGACUUUUUGUGCUCCGUGACGAACGACCUCGGACUCGACAGUGCCACGUUCACAGUGGUUAUUCAAGAACCGGCUAAAAUCGCCAAAAGCGUCCGUUUCGCCAGGGCCGCCGCCCGGCUGGGGGAGAAGGCCCACAUGACCUGCCGUGCCCGCGGGGCUCCGGCGGUCGCCUUCAGCUGGUCACGUGACGGUGACGUCAUCAGUGGCACGGGCUCCGGCGGCAAGUACGGCACCGAGCGGAAACAGAUUGACGUCCUGAGAUGGGCAUCAGUGCUGGUCAUCAGUGACAUCACCGAGUCGGAUUACGGCGAGUACGAGUGUCGCGCGUCGAACCGUCUCGGCUCGGACACUCACCGGGUGCGGCUGGUGGAGCCGUCGGCGCCCGACCCGCCGCGCGACCUGCACGUGCUCAACGUGUCGUCCGGGGCUGUCACCCUGGCCUGGACGCCGGCCUUCGACGGCGGCUUCAUCCAGGGUUUCCGGUUCCGCUACUCGGAGUGGGAGUCGGGCGAGGAGACGGUGCGGGACGGCGACCCGAACUCGGCCCGCUUCACGGUCGGCGGUCUGCGAGCGGACGCCCAGUACACCUUCCGAGUGGCCGGCUACAACCAGCUGGGCGUGGGCACCUACACCGAGCCGCCGCUCAUCGUACGCACCAGCGGCACUCCGCCGGUGGGGUACGUCACGGACCGGGAGGACUCUGAGGACCGGCUGCCCUACCCCCGGCUGCUGGUCGGCGCCGCCUCCCUCUGCGGCAUCGUCUUCCUGGUGGUGCUGAACGCGGUCCUCAUCAGCUGCUGCCACUUCCACCGCAAACAGAGCCUCAGACACGCAGCAGCACGUAGCGAGGCUGGCCGACCGUCGGGGUCGGCGGCCCCGGUGGACCCCGACGGUACCAGCUCCCUCUCCGCUCGGAGCGCGCGCUCUAACUCCAUCGGGGACAGCAUCGACAAGGUAAAUGCGACCGGUGCAGAUAUAUCUGUGGUACUUGGCUCGUAA